ACAAUUGUGCAUGGAGAAGUUUUGUUCACUAAAGUCCAGGUGAGCAUGCUUCCCAGGAGCUCAUAUUUCUGAGCUAUCACUAUCACUCAUUUCAUUAGGAAAUUAUCCUUCAAAUGUUCACAGCAAUCUCCUAUUAAACACCUGUUGUCCUCUGGUAUUUAAGUCCUUAUAGAGAACCCAGGGAAAGAAAAAUAUUUAUAAGUUAAAGCUGAACUUUUCCUCGUUACUCCCUUGAGAGAUCUUCUGUUGUGCUUGGAUAUUUAAUAUUUACGAAAAAGAAUCACCUGGCUGUUGCACUUGCUCUCACUUCUAUGCUUGAUGGAUUUGGCCUUUUUUUUUUUUUCUUCUUUUUUUAACCUGCCUGUAGAGGUUAUCUUAUUGAUUCAGCUUACAGCGCAGGAGACCCACCCGUUCUCCCCUCCUCUUGCCUGUCUCUUUUGUUGUGGUUUCUGCCGAUGGUUUGGCCCACAAAGCCAGUCAUUGCUGGCCACGCUGCUAUGGCAACCAGGAAAUACUCACCGCCAUCAGUGGAGUAGUGUCCGUGUGAGAGUGUUUGAAUGUGAAGGGGAUAGAGAGGAGCAGAACAUGGUGAGGGGGAGCCCAGACAGACCACUACCACAACAACAGCAGAGACUGAUCUUCACCUUUGGCUUUUCUGCAGUUUUCCCUCUUAAUUCUUCACCGAGCAUAGAUGGCUGCCAGCUCUGCAGCUGCAUCUCUGCUGCCUCCAGUGAAGAGCGUGGUGGUGUAUAGGAAUGGAGACCCCUUCUACAGUGGACGCAGGUUUGUGGUCAACCAGCGACAGGUGGUCACCAUGGAGGCCUUUCUGAAUGAAGUGACCCAGAGCAUCGGUGCCCCUCUUGCCGUCAGGACUCUGUACACCCCCAGGCAGGGCCACCGAGUCACAGACCUGCAGGAUCUACGGACAGGAGCCCAGUAUGUUGCUGCUGGCUUUGAGAGAUUCAAGAAACUCGAUUACCUGAACGUGAGAACAAAAAAGCAACCCACUGCUCGUGAGGAAACCCAGGUCAAAGCAAUCCAGAGGCCGAAUGUGUCAGCUAAAUGGAGGAAGUAUAUACCUGUGCCUUGCAUUAUACACGUUUUUCGAAAUGGAGACCUCCUGUGUCCACCGUUCCGAUUCAUCAUUCCUCGGAGCAUGCAGCAGGACCUGGAUCAGAUCUUGAGUCUAAUCACAGAGAAGGUCAGCCUAAGGACCGGUGCGGUGCGCAGGUUGUGUUCUCUAGAAGGAGUGGCCUUGUCCUCAGCUGGGGAGCUGGAGACUGGCCGCUGCUAUGUUGCCGUGGGAACUGAGAGGUUCAAGAAACUCCCAUAUGUGGAGCUAUUAAUCUCCAAAACUACAGAGAGAUAUUACCCUGGGAAGAGAAGGAUGUUAAGGAGAGCUGAGAACAGGAAAGCAGGAAGUGGGCCUGAAGACCAAUGCAGUGACUCAGCUCUCCUUGACUCCCCAGAGUCAGACGGUCGGAGGGUGAAGUCAACAGGAGAUGAAGCUGCAGCCCCACAAGCUUCCCAGCAAAGGAGCAGGAGAGAGGGAGCAGAUGAGACCUCUACGUUUUUUGCCAGGCCGGUCAAGAUCCGGAAGAAUCGAAUGCAAACGAGACCACCGCUCAGCAAUGGAUCUGGCCAGCCCAGUGUAUUUAAAAGUUCAGCACAGAAAAGGAGAGAAGAGGUACGAGGGGCAGAGGAGGUGCAGGAGGAUGAAAAUACAGCUACAGAGCUUCCUGUUGAUCAGAGAGCUGCAGAAAUAGUGGAGGAGGAGGAAUUAACCAACCCAGACGAUCCUCUGCAGAACAAACAGAUGAGACAAGCACAAAUUAUCAAGGGUGAGCAGCACGACGACGAGGAGCACCCACACAAGUACAGUGGAAAGCAGGCAUUACUAUCUGAAGAGGAGGAGGAGUCCAAAGCUGAAAUACUGGAGCUGAAGCAGACGUCUUCAAAGUCGAGGCCUUCGUCGUCUAGCAGCCACGCAGAGCACAGAAAAGAAAAGGCAAGUUUACCAACUUCACACCCUAUAACACCAUCGCGUUUUUACUGGCAUCAAUAUAACCAAGGCAUUAAACUUGUCUUGCUGAUAGCUUUUGCCUUUACACUGAUUUAGUGUUGUUGCUGUGACAGGAGAUCCUGCAGGAUGCGCCGUCGGUUGCAACAGAACAAAACCACCAUCAUCAGGAGGUCACGGCAUCCUAACAGUUUCACAUCGCAUGAACGUUUGAUUAAAUUAGUAGUACUUUAACUGUGGUAA